ACAUGUUAAUACAAGAAUAAAGACUUCAUCUGCUUAGAUUGGUGGAACUCAGCCUGGUGCUGCUUUUCUUCCUUACAUCCAUACUACAUUUACCACAUUCGACUCGGAGGAGAGACACAGCAUACAUACAUAUACUUAUGCAUCCUCCUUGAACACCUUGACCUUCAUAUCUUACAUACAUCUACUACAAUCGAGAUGGCCACCUGCGAAGCACCUCAAUUAUUCCGCCAUGCCUCCCGCCUCACCUCUCCCUCCUCCACAUCAAUCAACACCCGCAUUCCCCCGAUCGCCCGCCGCACAAUCAUCACCUCCUCCUCCUCCUCCUCCUCCACAUCUUCCUCCACACCAUCAAUCAUCCCCACGCACAUCGUCCUCCUUUCGCGCAACAAACUUCAGCGUGAAACUGCAACCAAAAGCCCCGACCUCCGGCGGUGCCUCGCCCACCAGCGCCUGCUCCACCGCUCCAUUGAAGCCGCCCAACAGGCCGUGCGCGCCCAAAUGGCGGCCUCCUCUGUGGAGGAUGAGGAUGUGAUCGAGGAUGCGGAGUACGAUGACUCGCCCUCGUACACGAGCUGUCCCGCCGAGCCAGCUCAAGUCCCGCCUGUGACUGUGAUUCGCGAGCAGAUCACGGGGGCUGUUCGGGCGAUGGUGCGGCGACGGUCUGCUUCUGCUUCUGCUUCCGCUUCCGCAAGUGCCUCGGAAGUUGAAGGUGGAGUUGCACUCCCGACGCGGACUACUGGGGCCGGGGACCAGGCAGCGUUGUGGCGCGUAUCUUCACAACACCAUCUGCUCGAGACGACGACCACCGGCGGCGGCGAGAGGGUGGGGGCCGCUGAGGUCGGAGACGACCGCACCGCGCAGGCGUUCCUGGUCGGCGGGACGACGGCAAGAAUGAACGUCAUGCGCAAGACGAAGAGAUAUACCUCGCGGAUUGUGUUUGGGCGGCGGCGAUGGCCGCUCUACGGGGGACACGGGCAUGGGCAGCUGCAGCCUGCGCUGGUUAGCUGACAUGGGCGGGGCUUGGCUUCUGCAUCUUGUUUUUAGUUUAUGAUUGGCUCUAUUAGGGAGUUGCCCCUAUUUUUUACUUUGUCUUCUACUACCACUGGAGCGUUUUUUUUAUUGGGGUAACAGGUAACACAGAUUAAUAUCA